CAUCUCCACAGAGUAUAGAGCUGUGAUUUAAAUUAAUUAGUGUCCAUUAUUUUCCAUCUCUGCUGUCUUAGCUGUACAAUACCUGGUAUUCUUUCAGUCUGUCUCCGUUUGAAGAUGGGAAGCCGCUUAUCUUACCCGCUGGUUAAUGAGCCCGAUAUCUAUGAGGACUCUGAUUACGAUGAAGGUAAUGCUAAAAUACAUUCUUUAGUUUAAACUGCUGGCUCUUUGUUUGGGCUAAGUUUACUUAAUACCUGUUAUAAUUGCUGUAGACUCUGUAGAAGCGGAUAUGGCAAAACAGCUUCAUGAGAUCAACCUGCAGUUCUGUGACGACAUGAUUCAACUUAGGGUUCGCUCAGCGGCGGAACACGCCAAGUUUGAAGAGUACCAGUCUCACUGGAAAACAAAGGUGACCGAAUUCCAAAAGAUGUACCCAGAGUGGUCAGAGCAGGACAUAACGCACCUAAAACAGCAGUUUGAACUGUUUGACAAGGAUAAGGACUGCCUAAUCGAGUUCAAGGAAUUUGACGCAACAAUGAAUGAACUCAACGAUCAAUCAUCAUAUGAAGAGCGCUUCAGUUAUUUUGAUGCGGUGGAUGACAGCAGGACUGGUUAUAUCAACUUCGAGGAGUUUCUUAAGCCCUGCUCCCUGCAACAUAUUUCCAGAAGAUGGUGAAUCACAUACACCACUACCUGCCUGCUUGCCUGCCUGCCUGCUUGCCUGCCUGCCUACCAACCAGUGUGACCAA